GCUUCAUGAAAGGACACUAUUGGUUUUGUUUAUGAAAGUGUAAACAAACGCGAAACUGAAAUUCGUUACUUUCCUUUGUGACUCAAGGCUGCGUAAGAGAUGCGAAAUUCUUGCUGGAGCCAACUUUUUAUUUCUUCAAUUCCUGCCCACUGGGCUGAUUUUGAUUAAAUCUUGAGCUAUUUUAGAUGAAAGAUUGAGAUUUGAAUUUACAUUGAGCUAAAUCCCUUUCAAUUUCGCCUUUCUUAGCGGCUUCUGAACAUUUGCGGUUUUGCAUCGAACACCGAUCAACAGCUUUUAUGUGACGCUCUUUUGCUAAUUAUUCAUUGAAAUUUCUCUUUAUUUAUUUAUUUUUAGGAUGUCGGAAAAUGAGUUAAAAUUCGAUUUAAGCGAUCCUCCUGCAUACAGCCAUGCUAAUGUUUACAAUGUUGAUCUCGAAAAGGGACUUCCUUUGUAUAAACCAAAAGACAUAAAAAAAUUGUCCUAUACAACUUCCUUCAAAACCAAGGAGAGAAAGAAAAAGAUAAUGACUGAAUUUGACAGCUUCAAUGGUUUCUUUACCGACUUUAGGAAGAAUAUAGAUCAUUAUUUCCCUGAAAAUGUAGUCGUUAAAAGUAAAUGGAGGUUCUUCAGUUUGAUAUUCGUUUUAUCAUUGCUUUGUACAUUAGCAAUCUCCUAUCGUUUCAAUUUUCUUCCUUGGUUAUUAACUGUAUCAAUUGAAAAAGGAUACGGUCAGGCUUUACCUUCAGGCAUUUUUCUUGUGAUAUGGGCAAUAUUCUUUGCUCUUUUCUGUGCACUUAUUUGGCCUUUCAUAUUGACAGUACGGAUUGCCGCUAAAGUUAUAAUCUUUAUCGUGGUUGGUCUUGGCAACGGUCUUGCAUGGUUCGUUGGUGCUAUCUUUUGGGGAUUUUAUAACAUUCUUGUUUUUUUCCUUGGAAUGGAAUUUGAGCGCUAAGCUGAAAACACCGGUUCGGCUACGCUUCCCAGAUAUCAACAGAGAAAUGAUGCACUAGCUCCUCCGCCGAAACUUAAUGCUAACUUGUUAACCUUUCUUUUCUCAUGAGCCUUAACUCUUCUGAUCGAAAGUCAACAAGUAGAAAAAGAGAAUAUUCCAAGCGGUUUAUUCCGGUGAAUAUUUAUAUGUCUUUGUUAAGCGUUCUUGCGUUUAAUUUUGACUACGAAAUCAUCCUUGUAUCAAUAUAAAUGGAAAUGACGAAGAAAAGUGGACAAUAGAAAGGCAUGCAUACAAUCCGCUCAUUGAAAGGAACCGUAAUCUGAGAUCAUUGGGAUCAUACUAGGUUCUUAAUGAUUAUUAUUACUAUUAUUCUUAAUUGCAAUUGAAUACGAUCGUUUUAUUUGUUUUCAUUGAACUUGUAAUUAGUCUUUUGUCACUUGUAAAGGAACAACUUGCAAAGAUUCUAUCGAGAAAACAAAUUACGGGAAAUAGUCAAC